AUGAGCUCGAGUUCUUCCACUGUUGGCUCUAACGCCUUCUCUUCUGAUAUGGACGAAUCGAAUUUUUUGAAAAGAGACCGCGUUUUGCGUUGGACUCAAAUCGGUCUUUCAAGCCUGAUCGCUGUUACUGCCGUGGUCAUCAUUCCCUGUGAAGCCGUUCCAUUCCAUCAUUACAAGACAACAGCCAAAUGGGCCACUGCAGGCUUAGUCCUAUGGCCGCAAAACUUUGACACUCGACCUACUGUUGCUGCUAUUUCUUGCGGCGUUGUCAUUGCCGUUUUGAAUAUUUUAUACGUUGUUGCCGCUCUUCUGCCUUCGCCCCAUUCCCGUAUUAGACUUCUCAAUGCCUCGUCUGCGCUCUCCGCAUUAGCCGGUUUUAUCACUGCUUUAGUGGGCGUUCUGUUCAUUAUCUACCGCCCAUCCUCGAAGUAUCCGACCGGCUUCACCAAGAACGAAACCCUAUCUAGCUGGACAUGCAAAUGGGAUAAGAGCAGCACAGCUCCAAUCCACUUUGGACGCGACUGCCAUGCCACCCAUGCAGGCUUCGCCCUGCUCUGUCUAGUGCUGGCCUUGGAAAUUUGCAUGGGUAUCGCAUCCGCUGUGGGAACCUGGCUUCAAAGAGAUGUUGGCCGUAGGCGCGAGGAACAGGCUCAGCUCGAAAAAUUGGAGAUCGCAACGAAGCAGGUGUACCGAAAUUAA